AGGCCAUCUGUCAGCACGGCACGCGACGGUAAAUGUUUGGUACGGUACAACUCCACCCACCACACAAAUCCCACCCACACGUACCCCACGCAACGCGACGCCGCCCGCAGAUCGACACGGGACGUGGCGUACGAUCGGCCAUUGGUUACAGAUCUCAACGGCUGCGUUUUCAUUUUUUUGCUUGUCGUUCUGUUUCGUUUCUAAAUUCUACCUUUACGUUGUUGCUUCUCCAGUGUGCGUCGCAGGUCCGCCAUGCGUCUGUACGCUUUUGGUGUGAAACACGAGGGUGCUCGCCCUGGGGUUAGUGCGGGAAGGUGUAUUUUGCAGGCACGGAGCAUCAGAGUGAUUUGGGUGGGGUGGUGCGACGCUGUGAUCGCUUGCAGCAACAAUGAAGAUGGAGAUGGGGUUGGAGCUGGAGUUGGACAGCAAAAUAAGAAUGGUGGUGGUAAAGUUGGUGUUGGGGAACCACGGGUUCGGGAUCUCAUGAUCAUGUACAUGGGCACAGGCCUUACGGCUGCUCAGAAAGAAUACUUGAUGAGCGAUAGCGAUCUGAAACGAGCGCUUCCCUUCUCUCCAGAUCGCGAUAAUGGAAGCGAGGUCAUCUUCUUUGGUAGCACGAUGCAUGAUGGAUUGAGGGGGUAUGUGUUGACUGUCAAGAGCGGGGAAGAUGCCCGGGACGCUGCGGAUCAGAAAGUCGUCUUGUUUGGUACCGAUGCUGAGAUCGAGGAUACUGGUGUACCAGACGUACAAGUUUUCGGUGUAAGCGAUCAGGUUGAGAUCGUGAAGGACGUGAAGAUUGGGAGUGAGGGGCAUGUGCUUGUUCACGUUGAGCUACGUUCCCGGGGUGUGGACUCGGUGUUGCGGUUCAACGACUUUGCGGCUUUGCGGCGUUAUCUUGAGGCCGGUGAGAUGGGUGAGGGGACCGGAGCAGCGGUCCUUCCUUACGAGCUUCGCGAUCCUCCGCUGUGCGUUGUGAAUGCUACGACGAUGACUGCGCUAGACGUCGAUAUGCACGUUUGGACAGAGACAAGGGAUCCGAGGUAUUCGAAGUGCUUGGGCCGGCCGUACGAUGGCACUUUAGACAUUGCGCCCGUGCCAUAUCUCGAGGAAACCUACGUCACGAAGGUGGCCUCAGGCGGGUAUAUGAGCGCGGCCUUGAGCUCGGACGGCGAACUCUUCUUAUGGGGUCAGGCAUGUCCUGGGUCAAAUGAAGAACUGGACGUGCUGAAUGGCAAUGCUGAAACGAGCGCACUGGUAACAGGCAUCACUAUCGAUGACGAGCAAGAUGAGUUUGUCAAGUGCUUGGACGUUCGGAUAGAUGGUCAGAACGCAGAGGCGUAUGAUGUAGCGGUUGGCCAUGGCCACAUCUUAGUGGCAGCCCAAACGUGUAAGACGGAAGGAAGAGUCAAAAGAGUUUUGUUCGCGGCGGGAGACAACAGCAGGGACCAGCUGGGUCUAGCAAUGGAUGCAGAUUCCAAGAAGAGAUUUGAAGACGUCACAGCUUUGCGGGACGAGCGAAUCAUCCAGUUGGCGGCAGCUGGAUGGUCCACUUAUGUUGUGACACUCGAAGAAUAACUAUCUUAUAUUAUCAGAUUUAUAACACCCAGGGAGGUAUCAGACUAGGUGUGCGGGGC